AUGUCGAAACGAAGUAAAAAAAAAGUUGAAAUAGAUUCUCCAGUUUUGCCAAAGACACAAUUUGGUAAAAUAACACACAAAAAUGAAAUAUCAACCGCAAUGGAAGUUGAUGAAAAAAUAUUGGAACGUCGAAUUUAUCUUCCUGGACAAAAAUUAGAGAAAGACGAAGUUCUUGAAGCUGAUCAAUCGGUAUAUGAAAUGCUGCAUUCCAUGAGUGUUAAAUGGCCAUGUCUAAGUUUUGAUAUUUUGCAUGAUAACUUGGGAGAAGAUAGAAAAAUGUAUCCAGCAACAGUAUAUCUUGUUGGAGGAACACAGGCAGAUAAACCAAAAAAUAAUGAAUUAAUGAUAAUGAAAAUAUCUCAAUUACAUAAAACACGAAACAAUCCUAUCUUGGAACAUAAGAGCCUAAAACAUUAUGGAGGUGUAAAUCGCGUUAGGGCUAUGCCACAAGAACAUAGUUCUAUUGUAGCUACUUGGUCAGAUACUGGUAAAGUUCAUAUAUGGGACAUAAAGCCAGCAUUAGAUAGCAUAGAAAUAGCUGGUAAACAAAUACCAUCAAAUGCAUCAAAGCCAUUAUACACAGUGGAAACUCAUAGUGCUGAGGGAUUUGCCAUGGACUGGUCACGGACUGUAACUGGAAGAUUAAUAACUGGUGAUAUGCGUUCAAAUAUAUAUCUUACAACGAAGUCUCAAUCCACAUUUAAAGCAGAUUUCGUGCCGUUUGUAGGACACACGGCAUCGGUAGAAGACUUACAAUGGUCGCCAUCAGAAAAUAGCGUGUUUGCGAGUGCGUCUGUUGAUAAAACAAUAAGAAUAUGGGAUAUAAGAAAAAAGAAAGAUGCUUUAUUUGAAUACUUAAUUGCGUCUGGAUCAGAUGAUGGUAUUAUAAGCAUAUGGGAUUUACGAACAUUUGUAAACAAUAAUACAAAACCUAUACCAGUUGCAUCAUUCAAAUGGCAUUCAGCCCCAAUUACUUCAAUUGAAUGGCAUCCAACAGAAGAAUCAGUAUUGGGUGUAUCUGGAGCCGAUGAACAAAUAACCAUAUGGGAUCUUUCAGUUGAAAAUGACCCCGAAGAAGAUUCUUCAAACAAAAUUGUUGGCAACAAUGGUGUCACUAUUCCUUCACAAUUAUUAUUUAUUCAUCAGUGUGAUAUUUUGACAAUGACAAUAGUUGGACCUUUAUUAUCACAUCGCUUAUGA